GCGUGUUGUUGUGGGAGUUGUUCACUCUCGGAAUGCCACCGUAUGCCACUCUGGCCGUGAGCGACGAGUUUUUCCAGAAACUAAGGGACGGAUAUCGGUUGGAAAGACCGAAGUACGCCAAUGAGGAUAUUUAUUACACUAUGCUGUCAUGUUGGUGCGUCAACCCAGAGCGUCGGCCAACAUUUCACGCUUUGGGACAGUUUUUCAACUUAAUGUUACCACCCGCGUUGCAGAACCAUUACCUUGCAUUGAAUGAUGAAUAUCUUCAGAUGAUGACCAGAAAAGUCAAAUCUCAAUGAUCAUCGGACUAACGAACGAGUAUUCAAGUGAACAAUGUUUUCGUUUCAUAUAUUUACUUUUGCUUCG